AUGUCUUUUCUAAGGCUCAAGAGCAGCAGCAUGCUGCUGAAGACACUCUCUCUCAUCCUAAUGGGUAUGUUGCUUUCCUUUGUUCUUUGGGAAACGGGUACGUUGCCAAUGUUGGAUCUCAACAUACCACAGCAGUUCUCUGUUGACCUGCCCGGCUGCUCAGCUAUCAUCAAUGGAGAUGUACAGAAAAAGAAGACUGAAUUAGAAAGACUUCUGGCAUUCAGGAAAAAGCAGAAUCUUUUUUCAGAGGAUUUCUACCUUAAUGCAACAAAGAACUGUCCAGAAUACAUCAAAAAGAGAGGUUUCAUUACAGUCCCUCUGAGUGAAGAGGAGGAAACUUUUCCCAUCGCAUACUCAAUGGUGAUCCAUGAGAACAUUGAGAUGUUUGAGCGACUUCUACGAGCUGUUUACGCUCCUCAGAACGUCUACUGCGUACAUAUGGACCUAAAAUCCUCUGCACAGUUUCACGAUGCUGUGAUAGCCAUUGUUUCAUGCUUUCCCAAUGUUUUUGUAGCCAGCAAAUUAGAAAGAGUGGUUUAUGCUUCGUGGUCUCGAGUACAGGCGGACCUGAACUGCAUGAAAGAUCUGCUGAACUCUGAGGUGGACUGGAAGUACCUGCUUAACACCUGUGGCACAGACUUCCCCAUUAAAACAAAUGGAGAGAUGGUAAAGGCACUGAAGGCUCUCAAUGGGCGAAACAGCAUGGAGUCUGAAGUCACCAAUGACUACAAGAAACAACGCUGGCAGUAUCAUUACAAUGUCACUGACAGUGUGAUCCGGACAGACGUGAGGAAGAGCCCUCCACCCAUCAGCAGCCCCAUGUUCCAAGGAAAUGCCUACAUUGUGGUGACAAGAGCCUUUGUGAAACACGUGAUAGAGGACAGAGAGGUGCAGACAUUUCUGGAGUGGGAAAAGGACACAUACAGCCCUGAUGAGCACCUGUGGGCCACUCUGCAGAGGAUGCCCACUGUUCCUGGAUCAACGCCUGCUAACAUCAAGUACGACAUGUCUGACAUACAAGCCCUUGCUCGUUUGGUGAAGUGGAGUGAUUUAGCAGGAGAUGUGAAAAAAGGAGCUCCGUACUACCCCUGCACGGGUGAAUAUAGGAGAGCUGUAUGUGUGUAUGGGGCUGGGGACCUCCGCUGGCUCCUGAGACAACACCACCUCUUUGCAAAUAAGUUUGAUCCUAAGAUCGAUGACGUUGCCAUAAGGUGUCUAGAGUCAGUUCUGCGUUUCAAAGCUUUAGGCCAUGACCCAGUCUUAACAGAUCAACAUGCAAUUAUUUUGUAA